AUGGGGGACUGGAACAAGCCUUGUAUAGAAGAACAUCAUCCAGGGGUGACGCUGUUGAGGGGCUUCUUUGAAAACUUGCUCAAGUCUUUCUUGGACAAUGGUGGGGAAAUUGGCCGGCGCCAUCUCAUGGAAGCAGCCAUUGCUGACAAAGAGUAUCAAGCUCUCUCUGUGGUGGACUGA